AUGCCCAAAAUCCAAUCGAAGUAUACCCAACAACAGAUGAACUUGGCAAUACACGAAGUCAAGUUCCUCGGCCAUAGCGUGAAAGGCGCAGCUCGUCGCAAUAAUGUCCCGCCCAGCACCCUAAGGAAUCGCUUCAGGGGUAGUAGAAGUGCAAAGGAGGCGCAUGAGGCGUGUCAACGUCUUUCUGCUGUGGAGGAACGGCUGAUCGUGUCCUGGUUCGUGCUGCAAGACACGUUUGGCAUGACGCCUACAAAGACGCAGAUUACAGAGCUUGCUGUAAAGUUCUUGCAAGAGCGUGGUGACCCUGAGCCUUUGGGUGGAUUGACCGUUUUGUCGAGAGACAUGAGCCAAUCCAGAGAAUCAGAAAGAGGAAAAGGUCCAAGACUGCCAGCUAAUCCUGCGCUUGUCAAUAACAGGCCGGAACCGGUCAGUGACUCCAAUAAGGUCAACAGCAAUGACGUUGCCAAUGGGGUCAACAACAAUGAAAACAGCACAAGCAAUGGAGUCGCCAAUGAGGUGAUUGUGGUUGAUGAGGACGAGUCAGAAUCUGAAAGCUCCGAUGAGAUGGACACAAACGAGGUUGACAAUGAGAAAACACCAGAGCAAAUGAACAGUCUACGAUCCCCUUUGGGGAGCAGAAGCAAUAGCCAACAGCGCGACAGCGUAGACUCAGCCGCGCCAACACCAGACGAUCCAAUCACAACUCGCCGCUGA